AGCUACCACUCCUUAUUGUUUCAUCUCUUACUUUCAGAACAAAACGCACUUCUCUCACUCUGCCACUACGGUGGCAAACUCAGACCCAACCCAAACACUCAAUUAUCUUCCUCCUCCGCCACUUCCACCGCCGCUAAAUGGAGGCCGUCGGUUCCAGACUCAGCCGGGCUUCCUCUCGCUACGGUGCUUCUACCGUCUUCACUGGCCCUGUCAGGAAGUGGAAGAAGAAGUGGGUCCACGUCACUCCGUCUUCCUCAGUCAGCAACACCACCGCCACAACUAACAACAACGGUCACUCUCAUGCCAAUUCCAACUCUUCUUCUCGCCUCCUCCUCCGCCGCUGGACUCCCACCACCGCCGAUGACGCGGCCGGUGUCUCGGACGAGCCUCCCAGGAGGAAGUUCCGUUAUACCCCUAUUGCAGUGCUAGAAGAACAGAAAAGGAUGAUGGUUGUAAAGAAAGAAAAUGAACCCGCAACUGGGAGUGACCAAUCGGCAGUUAAACAGACAAAUAUCACUCAUGAGAAGCAAGGGAAAUUUAACAUGAAUGAAAUAUUAGAGGAAACCAAGGAUUCAAACAUUGUUAAAUUGGAUCAUGGUUUGGAUUUGCAAAGCAACAAUGAUGAAACCAGUCUGAACAGUGAUACUCAAUUGGAAACUAAUAUCUAGUAGUUGGUCCAUGAACUGAGAAAACCAAGCUGUGAGGAAGCGAAGUGUUGAUUGAAGAAACACUCAAGUAGUAUAUAUGACCUUUUAUCACCUUACAAUCCUACCAUCCUAUAUUGAGAUGUAAUGUAAGUGAGCCAUAAUCUUGUGUAUAGUGCUGUCAGUAGCAUAGGGAUGAUCAGUAACUAGUUUUGGUCAACAAAGGAUGAUCAGUAAUAUUUGAUGAUGGAUCAUAUGCAUAAUGUGAUGCUUACUAUUACUAUGUCUU